AUGGAUAGCUCCCGCCAGAAAGCUUUCAAAAAGCUCCGAGAACCAUGUGUGGAGCUAAGCUCUGUUGGAUUGAAGUUCCGUGGACAUCAAGCUAGCCCUGGCGAUGUUCUGAAAGCACUCCGUUCCGUGUACCAUGUCUUAAAUGAGCUCGCCGAAGAGCAUGUCUUGGAUGAGAAGCUUGCGGAAUAUGCAUUCUUCCCCUUGGCGCACAUUUUCAAUGAAUCCAAAAGGUCAACCGUCAAUGUCUUGGAGCUGGCCAUUAACUGCUUACGGCUACUUGUCGCGGAAGGAUGGAAAGCACGGCUAUCCCCUCAAAUGGGGAAGCAGCUAAUCAUCCUCUUGACUCUUGUUGUGGGAGGAGCUCCGGAUAGCGCAAAGAAUGACCGGAUUAUACAGACAUCCUCUGUUGAACUGGAGAUAGCAGGGUUCAACUGUCUGUUUGCGAUUUUCGAUGUACUCUCCGGACCCACGGCGGAAGAGACAAUCUACCAUGAAAUUGGGACCGCCACGGUUGUCGAUCAGACCGUAUAUCUCUUGCUCGAGGCAAUUGUUGGUAACCGAUCUGAUGAGCUUUGUAUCUCUGCCGCCAAAGCUCUUGAGGCACUUUACCGACGUGUCAGCAACCGCGUCGUACUCGCGAGUAUCAUGCCCCGGACCGUGUCAGCAUUGACAAAGGUGUUGAAGCCUACGACACAGACCAAGCGAUCAUAUAAGCUACUUGCGAUUUGCCUACGUGUGCUCUCUGGAAUAUUGAAAGCAGUUCUCAAUGACCGGGUCAAUUCGCAAUUGCCGGAAAAGUCUGCUCAGCCGCAGGGUGCUGACGAGACACUAGUGCUUGACGAGUCCUGGUUGAAAGCAACGACUACUCAAAUCAAGCUCGCCUUAACCCAAGUUAUUCAACUGAGGCGGCAUGAUCGGGAGGAGGUCCAAGCCGAACUUUUGAGCCUGUGCAUCAUGAUCAUAGAGGACUGCCUCACUACAUUACAAGAAUCGAUACCUGUGCUUGUCGAGACCAUCGUUGUACUAUCGGACCUAGAUGAGCAACAGAUGCCAAACAAUGCAUACUCAUCCCUAAAACAUCUAGCUACCACUUAUCCAACGGUGCUAGAUUCGCUGAAGAACUCUCUGCAUACCUGGCUUACUGCAUUCCCGAGGACGAUGCAAAGUAAUGACGAAACGGCUAAGCAAUGGGCUAUAAAGCAGAUAACAACUGCUUUUCAGAUACUGUCUGAGCUUCAGUCAGAAUCUGACCUUCUUACCUGCGAUCUAACAGCCGGAUUAUGCGACAGUGUUGCUGUAAUCGCUGACCGCGCGACCAGUGCACUUCAGCCAUUGAACUCGGAUCUGGCAAGCAAUCAAACAUUUGAGAUUCUAGGCGCCGGAAAAGAAAGUGUUACCUUCUCACCCGUGCUGUUGGACCACAAAAGUCAGCGGCAGACUCUCAAGGACCUUCGGGGGAUGAUUUCCCGGCUUAACUUUUCUAAUUCUGCUAAUAGUAUUACGCGGCUAAUCAUUAAGCGUAUUCACCAGGAGCAGGGAAACUCAAUAAUCGCACCACUAUGGCUGGCCACGACGUUCCUGAAGGAUACCACGCAGUUUAUGAGCAGUUUAGACGACUUUAUCACUCUGGACGACAUCGAGCCUUCGCGUCCGUUCUCUACAAGGGCUAGUAUGAUUGAUGAGCUCUAUUAUAUCUCCUUGCCGAUCAUCAAUGAAACAAUGGGAAAUGAGGAUAGCGAUUGGCGAGUGUCAGCGCUUGCCUUAGAGGCAGUUGCGCUCCAAGCUCAGGAACUGCGCGAAGCUUUCCGCACUGAACUUAUGGAUGCAUUAUAUCCUGUUCUGGAACGUCUAGCGUCCAACAACCAAGCCCUACAAAGGCAUGCAAUGACGUGCCUCAAUGUCCUUACACAAGCCUGCGGUUACCCAGAUACUAGCACCAUGAUUGUCGAGAACGUCGACUAUCUCGUCAACUCCGUGGCUAUCAAACUGAACACUUUCGAUGUAUCGCCAUAUCCUCCACAAGUCUUGCUAAUGAUGGUAAAAUUAUGCGGAGCGCGACUUGUUCCUUACCUUGAUGACCUUGUGGACUCGAUCUUUGGGAUCUUAGACCUUUACCACGGAUACCCAAAGCUUGUUGAACUGAUGUUUAAAGCACUAUCUGCAAUUGUUGAAGAAAGCACGAAGACUCCCUCAAUCCUAGCGAUUGAGAAUGGUACCGGGAAUGCACCAGAUCAUCUGAAACGAAAAUAUCAAGAACUAAACAUUCAUACUCUUGCGGAAGAUUUCGCUCGCCGAAAAGCCAAACGCACUGAAGAUGCCGGGUUGGCAGGAGAUAAUGGACUUCUAAAUCAUCCAAUCCGGCCUUGGGCUGAAGAACGCGAAGAUAAAGCCCCAAAGGACAUCCCUGACAGCGACUCUCUGUCGGAUAUCCUGGGCAAAGAUGAAACGGAGGAGCCAUUACCACCACCUCGUGAACCAGAAGAUGCAGAAAAACCCCUAAGCAAAACGCACUCGCUUCUCCUCCAUAUAGUCAAAUCCCUGCCCUUGCAUUUGUCCUCACCAUCACCAUAUCUCCGUCGAUCCUUGCUCUCCAUCCUCAUCGACGUUCUCCCCGUCCUCGCAGCAGACGAAAACAGUUUCCUCCCGCUCAUCAACGACCUCUGGCCCGCUGUCAUAUCGAAAAUCAGUUUCCCUUCUUCCAUCGGCAGCACCUCAUCGUCCUCAUCAACAGCCCUACUAAAUCUAGGGAACGAUACACCUGACGAGAGCGCUGGCGCUCGCAACAACCAGCGGGGUCACCAGAAACAGGCGGGUCUUAACGACGAAUUCGAUUUCAAGGAGGAGACCUUUGUAACUACCACCGCCUGCAAAGCUGUCGAAACAAUGUUCAAAUCAGCCGGAGAUUUUAUGGCGUCCCGCGUCGAGGCUGCAUUCCCACGCUGGGAGCGCAUAUACAAUCGCGCCUGGGAAAAAGUUUGUCAGGAUACGGACAAGAUUAUCGAACGGCAACAGAGACAGUAUCUCCUUGAAGACUCAAAUCCGGACGAGUCUUCAACAGUACUAUCUACCACACAACCACAAAAGCGCUUUAUCCAAUCUCUCUCCCUAGCAAAAGCCGGCUCAUCAUCCGGCUCGCGAGCGUUUACACCGCACCAUAUCCUCUGGCGAGCGCUCAUCUCGCUCUUUCUAACCAUGCUUUCCCACGUGCGUCUGCCUCUAGCAGUCGGCGAUCGAAUCUGCCUCAUUCUCGGUGAAUGGAUAGCUCGAUACGCAGGGACGGGGUACUACUCUUCUCGUGCGGCGUUUCUAUUAAAGGAUAACGAUAGUAACUGCGCUGGCGCGGAGGAAGAAAUAAACUCGAUUGAGACCGCCAUUAGGGCUAUGGAGACUUGGAACUCCGAUUUAACUUGGUUUAUAUUUCAGCAGCAAGAUGUCAGGUUUCGAGACAGCAUGGGGCCGAGGAAUGGUGCAAGGGUGUGUGAGCAGUCAUUGCAAAACAACGAUUCAGGUGCUGCACUGUUGAGUUCGGUGGCUUUCAAUGGAGGUCGGCUUCGAUUCGCGGAGAUGAAUUUUUAG